UAUGAAGCGUGUGAGCAGCUGUUUCUGACUGUUGGCAAGGGAUACCUUCGGAAUGCUGCUUGUCAAUUCUAGGGAAUGAAAGACAUCUCAUCUGAACCUACCCAGCACAUCCCUACAAAACUACAGCGAGAACGACAAGCUCACACAGAGCUGUAUUUUGAUAAGGUUAUUACUGAAUUUGUGGAUCAGUAUGUACUAGUCAGUCAUGAGUCUGAGCAGAUGAUAGUUGCCAAAGAUAGAUUGGUUCAGUGCAGCAGAGUUGCCCUUGAUCAUAAUUACACAGUAAGACAGCCUGAAGAUAAUGCUGAAGUGGUGGUUGAGAAGGUGAAGGAAAACAUACAAGUCACUGCACACACGUCCCAGAUCACUAACCCUCCAAAACCUCCUCCCACUCCGAAUCUGCAACCGUCUUCGGUAAAAGUGUCAAAACCUGAUGAUGAAACACCAUCACCUUCACAAACGGUAAAUCGUUUAGAUGGAGUUAGAUCUUAUGGGAUGUGUUUGCUUGACAUGUAUGUGUUUCUCCGACAAAUGAUUGACACAACUAAAGAAGGAGAUGGAAGUCGACUCCUGAUAAACAUGAAAAGGCUACUUUUGUACUUCUAUGCAAUGGGUCAGAAAAAGAAAAAAUAUGCUCUAGAAACGCUAGUUGCUAUUGCUCAGGUGGAAGCACUUUUAACUCCCCAAAUGGCCCAAAGAGUUUUGUGGGGACGUUUCUGUAGUAUUAGAGGAGGUCCUGGCAACAAUAUGGAGUGUGAUUUAAUGCAAGAGAUUUACAACAGAGAAGGCAAGAAACAAAUACAGUGCAUGGGACCAAAUAAAACUGUGAAAGCUAUCCAACGAAUCUCAAAAGCGCAAGCAGGUCUGCAGAAAAUUUCUGAGAAUUUUGCUGGUAAUACCAGUGUACACAAUUUGUCAGUGAAACACACUCAUAGGUCAGCUGCAAAGGAUGAAUACCAGGUCAUUAAAGAUUUGAGUAAACUACAGCCAUUUAGCUUCAGGGCAGGAAGAUUACACAGCACUUUCACAAAGGUCCCCUUCUGUGUGAUCAAUAAUGUCAAUCACGACAAGUUAAGCUCAUGGAUUCGUAAACAUGUCAAAUGUAUCCAAGAAGGUUUAUUGUAAAGGCAAACCAAAAAACACAAGUGUGCCAGUAACCUGUCCAAUUUUUUUCUUAUUAAUUAAAAUACACAAGAUAGAUUUUUUUUGCAAAUAAAAGUUGUUUUGGUCGGGCAAUGCCUUUGUGUAGCAAAGCCUACAAACAUUGCAACAAACACAGAUGUUAAUGUUACGAAAACAUUUGAACAUUUGAAAAAGAAAGGAAAAAACCUUUCAUGACCAUCAUCCCACCACAGAGUUCUUGUAAGACAAAACAUUUAUAAGAGCAAAUAAAAAUAAUCAAUUUGACUUUUUACACCAUUAACGCCAAAUGUAUUAAUUUUUUUCAGUGUGACUAGAAACACAUUGAUUGGCAUCAUGUAAUAAUCAUUGUGUUCCUUGCAAUUGCAUA